CGACAGAGCGAGUCCGCAAACCGCCUUGGCCCUAUAUAGCUGCUGCCCAUGAGCAGUCCGAGGAAGCAUCGCGCACCUUUCCCUCCUGUCAACACGCUCUCGUCCCCCCAGAAGCCGCGCUUCCAGGCCACCACGUCGGCGCCUACUUCGAAGCGCAACCACCACAACAAGAGCUCGGAGAUCGCACGAGGCACUAUCUAUACGACCGCUUCUUUCCUAGACGAGCAGGCACUAGGCAGCGACGUUGCAGAUAUAGACAGUCCCUUCCGAGACGACCAGUCCACGAGCUUGCUUGGCAAUUCCACCUCACUCUUCGACGAAAGCGAACCGGUCCCAACACCACACAAGAUGGUGCGAGAGCGAGAAGCUCCUGCACUGCCGCCGCCGCACAAAGAGGUUCCAGCACCAGCACCCCCGCCGAAGCCGCUACAGGAGCUGCGAAAUGCCGCUCCACAGUUCGGCCAGACAAGCCCGCUCAAAAAUCCGCUGAAGAAGGAUACCAAGGACGAAUAUGCACAUCUGUUCAACAAGCCGAGACCAGGACAGAUGCGGCCGGAACACCAGCAGGGACCGAUACGGCUACCGUCGCAAUACUCAGCCAACUCCAGUCGGCCACCAGUACCAGCAAGACAGAGCGCGUCCGAUCGCCUAGAUGCGCUGAACCGCCCAUUCAAGGUCCCAGCACAAGGAGUUCAGCGCCACAGCUCGGCCUCCUCGACUGGCUCUGACAUAUUUGAGAUCCCCGCCUCACAGUUCCAGCCACGCCAACCAUCGCACGGCGUCCCGGUUUCUAGGCCAUAUAAUGCUCCGCCUCAAACCACUUAUCCGCCUCCAAGGCCCAUGUACUCCUCCAUGGACCCAUCGAACGCAUUCCAACCGGUCGCCAAGGGUUCCCACAACCCGCUCGAAGCAGCAAGGAAAACGGUCAUCCUAGACGAUGAGGAUAAUUUUGAUCCUGACGUUGCCAUUCGAGCCGAGGGCGAUCGAUUCGGUGCCCCUGACAUGUACGCAUACGUCGACUCUGGCCAGGCUAGCGAGAAUAUCAAGGCUCUACUCGAGGGCGCUUUCGACGAGGACAGCGAAAAGAUCCCACGGACGCGUCUUCGGAAAAAGAAGCAGACGCAAGAAGAUGACGAAGCGAGCAAAUCACUUGCCGAUCGCUUACAGGCUCUCGCGGUUAAGGACCAUGAAGCCCAACCCGAAGCCGAGGCAGAAGUGGACGAGGAUGAAGAAGAUGAUGGCACAGUUGAUGGCCUGAAGGUGAAGCUUCUGCCUCAUCAAGUCGACGGUGUGGCGUGGAUGAUUGAAAAAGAGACAGGCAAUCACAACAAGCGCGCAAAGCUCCCCAAAGGUGGUAUUCUGGCCGACGACAUGGGACUGGGAAAAACUGUACAGUCCAUCGCGCUCAUUCUUUCGAAUCCACGACCGGAGAAAGGCGUCGAGCCGGAGAACAAGAAAAACAGGAUUCUAGAAGCCACCGGUAAGGGCACGCUUGUCGUCGCUCCUUUGGCGCUCAUCAAACAGUGGGAGGCCGAGAUCCACACCAAGGUCGCAAGAUCACAUGAAUUGAAAGUUCUUGUUCACCACGGCCCGAGUCGCACCAAAUCGGCCGAAAAACUGAAGCAGUAUGAUGUCGUCAUCACAACCUACCAAGUUCUUGCCUCUGAACAUGCCGCCUGCGGAGACGGUCCUGAUGGCCUCAAGAAGGGCUGCUUUGCUGUACACUGGUAUCGCACAUUGCUCGAUGAAGCACACACCAUCAAGAAUCGCAACGCAAAGAUGACGAAAGCUUGCUACGAUAUUCGUUCUCACUAUCGCUGGUGUCUCACGGGCACACCGAUGCAGAAUAACCUUGACGAGCUACAGAGCUUGAUCAAGUUCCUCCGCAUUCAGCCAUAUUGCGAACUGUCUAGCUGGAAAGACUCGAUAUCUGGCCCUAUGAAGAACGGCCGUGGCAACCUCGCCAUGAAACGACUACAGAUCUUCCUAAAAGCCUUUAUGAAGCGCCGCACUAAGGAAGUACUCAAGAAGGACGGAGCGCUCAAUUUCGGAGGCAAGGCCAAGGGAAGUGGAGACAAGCCCGCUUUCCAGAUCGUCGCGCGAAAUGUCGAGACUAUCAUAGGAGAGUUCACGGCAAAAGAGCGUGCAUUCUACGACCGCCUAUCCGAUCGCGCACAGUCACGCCUCGACGAGAUGAUGGGUGGUGAGAAGCAGGAUUACAUUGGGGCGUUGGUGUUGCUGUUGCGAUUACGACAGGCUUGCAACCAUCCCAAUCUAACGAAGAGUAAUGUCAAAGAUGACAAAGACGCUUUAACUACUGGAUCUAAGUCUGGGGCUCCGACAGACCUGCAAACUCCUCGCAAAGUCUCCAAAGACACCGACGCUGAUGACCUUGCGGACCUCCUUGGUGGACUCAGCGUUGCUACAAAGCGCUGCGAUAUAUGUCAGAAGGCUUUGACACGAGAUAAUGCUGAGGCUGAUGCCGUUCGUUGCACAGAAUGCGAAACGGACCUUCAUGUAUCGACGAAGAAGAAGAAGAAGCAUCGGAAGCACAAGCACAAGAGCGAAAAGGCCAAGAAGGACCAGGAACAGCUCAACCCGGCUCGCCAGCGUCGCGUCAUCGUGGACAGUGACGACGAGCAUGAGGCUGAGGGCGAGUGGAUAGUGCCCGAAGACCAGCAACACGUAAAAGAUCUCGGUAAAGCAGGCGGAACAGACGAUGAGAAUAUGGAAGGUGGCGGCGAUACGCUUGCCUCUGUCGAUUCAAGUGCUACUGAAAGUGAAAACGAGAGUAAGAGUCAGAUGAACUCAUUCAUCGUCCAUGAUACCGAUAGCGAAGAUGAGGCUCCAGUUCCUCGCAAAAAAAACCUAAAGAAUACGCCACGUGUUCUUAGUCUUGACUCCGACGACGGAGCAGAUUCGCCGAGCGAAUCUAAUGACUCCGGUUCGGAAGAGGACUCAGAAGACUCUGAUUCAGAUAGCGAAGCAUCCUCAGAGGUUGUGUAUAAUGCCUCGGACCUUACCCCUUCUACGAAAAUUCGACAGCUCCUUGCCAUUUUAGAGAAAGAGACGCCAGAUCAUAAGGUCAUCGUCUUUUCCCAGUUUACGUCCAUGCUCAACCUUAUCGAGCCCUUUCUUAAGCGUGGGAAUUACAUAUUUACCCGAUAUGAUGGUAGCAUGCGCAAUGAUCUGCGCGAAGCCAGUCUGCAUAAGCUUCGAAAUGAUAAGCGUACACGCGUACUACUUUGUAGUCUCAAGUGCGGGAGCCUGGGCCUCAAUCUUACGGCAGCGAGCCGUGUAGUUAUCAUGGAGCCAUUUUGGAAUCCUUUCGUAGAAGAACAAGCGAUAGAUCGCGUCCAUCGCCUGAACCAAACAAUUGAUGUGACCGUCUACCGCCUCUCAAUUCAUAAUAGCGUCGAAGAGCGCAUCCUCGAACUACAAGAAGCCAAGCGGAAGCUAGCAAAUGCUGCUCUCGAAGGUGGCAAGGCUAUUGGUAAACUGUCUAUGAAAGACAUCCUUGCACUAUUCAAGCGCGAGGCCGAGUACGAUAAUAAAAACGUCGACGAUGCGGAUGAAGUGGGCAUGUUUGGCCGCACGCGCGUGCUGGAAGGUGACAAGGGCGAGGCAACGAGAGAGAAAAGAAAGGCGGGAAGUUUAGGGUUUAGGAAGGAGGAUAAAGUUUAUGGACGACGGUGAGCAGCGCUUCGAAUUGUGAAGAUCUCUAGGCCUCAUCACAGGUACUUGCGGCGUUUGGAGGACCGGCGCAUCAUGAUGAGUAAGAUAGAGUGCCCUUUGGCACGAUAUGAUGUUCAUUUACAUGUCUUUAUGCUCAAAAGUUAUGGUGCCAGAGUCCCUGUGGUGGGUUGCUUCUCUCAUGCCGUUGGGCCAUCCUCGUGGAGACUUGGCGCUGGAAUACAUUGCCCCUCUUAUCCUAAUUCUUCAAAUUAUGUUUCCCCACUCCUCCCUUAUCAAAAAAAAUCAACAGAUCAUCGUCG